AUGGCCAGGGACGAGAUCGACCCGGCAGCAUGGGUCGAGGACAUGCUGAAGCUGCGCGCGACGGGCGCGAGCGGCGUGCGCAUUACGAUGAAGGACAUCGUCGACCGCUGCGACAACCCGGACGCGAACCCGGCAGACAUCAGGCCGACGAGCCCCAACACGGUGGACGCCUUCCUCGCGACGGGCAUUGACCCAACGGAGCUCAUCAAACGAACCAAGGAGUGGUUCAAGGAACAGGGCGACGACGACGACGAGGCCGAGAUCGCGUGCGAGUACUACGAGCAGUGCCGCAUGGAGAAGAUCCAGCGUCUGACGGCGGAGCGGGAGGCCAUCAUCAACGGCGAGGGCACCGGGAAGGGCCUCGGCCGCACGGGCGGGACGCUCGGGUACACCGCGGGGUCGGGCGAGGACCAGGUGGAGCGCGAGCGCAGGCGCCUGGAGGUGUCCCGGCGCCGGCAGAUGCAGGAGCUGGAGCAGGCGGUCAACUACGAGGUCAUGCGCGCGCAGACGCAGCAGAAGCAGGAGGCCAAGAUGCGGGCGAUCGAGCAGCGCAUCGAGCAGCAGAAGAAGGUCAAGGACCAGAAGCAGGCCGAGUGGCGCGAGCAGCUGCGUCUGAAGGAGCAGGUCAAGCGCGAGGAGGACGCCAAGCUCGAGGCCGAGGCGCGGCGCCUGGAGACGAUCCGCCACCAGGAGGAGAUGGCGCAGGCCCGCGCGGAGCGCGAGGAGGAGAAGCGCCGCAAGAAGGAGGCGAUCAUGCGGGAGCAGGAGCGCCGGCGGAAGCAGGAGCAGGCCAAGAUGGAGACGCAGCGCAUCCUGGACCAGCAGGCGGCGGAGCUCGAGGUCCGCAAGAAGGAGAUGGAGCGCAAGGACCGCGAGCGCGAGCUGGCGAAGAAGCGGCAGCAGGAGAUCCGCGCAAAGGAGAACGAGAUUGCGCGGCAGAAGGCGGAGGAGCGCCGCGUGCAGACGCUGCUGCAGAACGAGGCGCGGCUGCGCGAGAAGAAGGAGCUGUUCGAGGCGCGGGAGCGGCUGGCGGACGAGCGGCUGCGCAUCAAGGCGAUCGAGCUGCAGCAGCAGGAGGCGGAGAAGCGCAAGCGCGAGGAGCACAAGGCGCUGGAGCAGCGGCAGAAGUUCGAGCUCGCGCAGAAGAUCGAGGCGGACCGCGUGCAGUCGAUCAAGAACAAGGCGGCGGAGAAGGAGCGGAAGCUGGCGAUGGCGGCGCAGGAGCGGGCGCGCGAGCUGAAAAAGAAGAAGAAGCAGAAGGAGCUCGAGCAGCGCCGCAAGCUGGAGAUCGUGAGCCAGCACCACCGCCAGCAGGCGUGGAUCCGGGAACAGACGCUGCAGAAGAUCCAGGACGAGACGGACCGCGCGUUCGCGAUCAAGAGCGCGCAGCAGGAGCUGCGCCAAAAGCGGCGCGAGGCCAACCUGGAGGCGUCGAUGCAGCGGUUCGCGGCGCUGCAGAAGCUCGAGGAGGUGCAGAUCAAGGGGAUCGACAUCGAGAACGCAGACAACAUCGCGUCGCUCACUGACAAGGUCUUCUCGCCCCGCCGGUGA